ACUUCUGCGAGCAAGCUAAUAAGGCGGGUGGUGUUACAAUGGUCCACUAUCCGUACCAAGCAUUGGACCACCCUUUAAAGACCGACGCGUUUUGCCAGGAGAAAAUAGGUCGCCGUGCCGGCACCCACGAGAUGCGCUGUAUUUUGGAGUUCAGAGAUUUGAUUUACAAAGAGACGGGCCACUUGGAAAAUGGCCUGGAGUACCAGGUGUGCGUUUUCGAUCCGCGUGAGAAAUUUUGUCUGGUCGCACACAGGAUGCUCAAAUUUUUUCCGAAGAAGUUGAGCUAUGUUCAGGCAAAAGAUCACUGCAAGAGAGUAAUUUCCAGUGCAGCUGAAGGACCGCCACCGCAUGUGUCGAUUGAAGGACGGUUGGCGUCCCAAUUCGAAGCGAACUGUAUCUCACAUAACUUUCCAUUCACAGUUACUGAUCACGAAAAGUCUGCCUGGAUCGAUGCUCGUGACCGGCAUGAUAAAAUUCAAACCACUUCCGGUGCUUCUUACAAUGAAAACGGGCCGGAUCUCAAUUACGUUAUAUGCUCUCUUUCCGUCGAGUACCAUGCUAAUUCAGCUUAUCACUUUGAUGGGAUGGAUCUGGUCGUUGCGCCCUACUUCCUUUCCAGCACACACUAUGCCACCAGCCACGUCUGCCCCAUAGGCACCGAGCAUAUCACUCACACCACAAUUACGCAAUAUCAGCGGGCUGUGGAGACCUCAAAUCUUCGCCAUGUCUCAUUUGUGUAUGACACCUCCGGUGUAGUUCAACAAGAACGAACAAUGUACCUGUUCAGCGGACCGCGGAGAUGCUCUUGUGGCCCUAAUCAUGUCGUACAGGCACGGUAUUGGGUGAAAUACGUGCUAAAGAAUUAUGACUGGUACCUGCUCUGCAACGGCGAACAACCGGCUUUGCUUUGCGGCAGAAGGACUACUCGCAAGUCAGAAACAUUGUGCGGACAUUGGAAAGUUCUUCUGCACACCCAGACUUUCGAAAAGGUAACAUAUGAUGCAGCCCAGGAUGCGUGCCGCAAGAACGUUGGGUUUUUCCUGCCAAGCGAAGCGCUAUGGAAUACGGUAUUGGGUGAAAUGAAGACAGGCACUCCCGAGUGCAGAGAACUUGCCGCAACCUUUGACAAAAUCCCCCUCUGGUUCACAAGGCAUGGGAAAGAAAGACACUUUGCAAAGUAUUCAUCGGUUUGUGUCGGAGCACGUCUGCCAGGCGGUGCCAUCUCCAGCCGCGGUAUUCGCCGAGAUGAAGGCGUCCGCUAUGUUGAGGAGAGCGGUCGUGUAAGGUGUCUAGAGGGCUACAGAACAUCACUGCGUGAGAGCAUCCCCGCCAAGCCAUAUAAGGGUAUCUGGCAGAACACUGCUGGUUGCUACAAGUAUGUACGUAGGCGCGAGAGUUACCAACUCGCUCUAGUAAGAGAAGACGGGGUCAGGAAUCAUUUUCAAGGGUGUGGUGGUGCUCUACAGGCUACUGUGUGGCAGGAUAGCAACAUUGAUGGUACAGACCCUUGCCUUAAUGGGAACUUUUGGCGGUGUAUAGACGACGAUGGUUGUCCAAGUGCGGAUGAUGAUCACAAAGUAGGACCAGUGUGCAGCGGCACUGCGCGCAAGAACUAUCGCACCUGUAAUGCACAACUAACAGUCGAAAACAGGAAUGAUCCGAACCGAUACCUGGAAUGGGAGACGGCGAAAUUCAAAUGCUUUUGGCCGCGUUUUGAACGCUGCACCAAUCCUCCAUGUGCAGGCGGGCGAUACCACAAUUCUGCGCUUUUAAAACCUUUUUAUUCUGUGUACUUGAAUAACCAAUACAGGUACAGAAAUCUGCCGGAUUGCCAGGCAAUUGACUCGGUGACAGUUGGCCGAGACCACUGGUAUUUUAGCCAACACCAGACAACAGUUGACCGGGCUAGUAUGGCGUGUGAGGACAGAGGCACAAGACUGAUGACGAUGGAUGAAGUGCUCGAAAUCAAGAAUUUCAUUCUCGAAAACAACUUGAACAUUGCUGAUGGUUUCAUCUGGGUGCUGAACCCAGUCUCAAGAGCCCCCAUCCGUUUCAAUAUGAAGGCAAACACGCAGAACAUUCGCGCAUCCACUGCUGCUCAUGUCCUGUGCAAGUCGUCAACCAAACUUGAAAAGAAGGCAAGUUGCUGGACGGCUGACAAGUUCCUCCUCUAUCCCACGCAGACCCUGCAGGAUUAUUCUAACUAUUAUGCGGCCAUACAUAACUGUGAGCAUCCAAAUGAGAUCAAUGCCAUCAUCCCUCUGCCCUACUUGCACUACUGCCUUGAUUCGCUGACCCGAUACUCAGCAACUUACGACUCGUAUUGGAUCUUGAGCCAAGGUCCUCUCGAUUCUGUCCGUGCCAGCGAUCUGCAGACGCAUCUUGCAACGCAGGCCCGGCGUAAAAUCUGCUUGCAAAAGCGCCCCUGGUCUCCCCUGUCAGGUACUGUGAAGCACGAAUGUCAAAACUAUGAUCUUUACUACAUUAUAAACGGAACCCGGAGCACCUACGAUGCUGCCGACUAUCUAUGUAGAGUACAAAAAAUGAAACUUCCUUUGCUUGAGACCAAGGAGUGUCUUUCGUUCUUUGUCAAGAAACUUGGCAUAUCUCCGGCUUGGAUCCAUCGCGAUGAACAUGGUUUGGCAAGAGCUAGUGAUCAUGAAAACAUUCCAGGCCUAACUGGCAAAGAAUAUUCCAUAAUCUGUGCUAAAGAGCGCACUUGGAAUGAUGUGAAGUAUGAAUGUGGUGAUUAUUACGACCUGUACCUUCUCAAGCCAAGCUCUACUGACUACACUCAGUAUUCGUCUCAAGCACAAUGUUCCGAGAAACUCAUGGCCCUGCCAGAGGAAGAUUUGCAGGACUGCCUUUUCCGGUUUAUCACAGAACGUGGAAUAAGACCAGCUUGGAUCUCUGGCAGAUGGACCACUAACAUUCAAACUUACGGUCAUACAGUGGGUGACCUUGGUUUACAGAAGAAAGCAGCACUGGCUGAUGAACCUGUUUCCGUCAUCUGUGUAAAACGACGAGCAAUGGUGCACAGGUGUCGUAAUUAUGACUUUUACCAUGUCGUGAAUGCAAGAUCUAAAUCCCGUGAUGAUGCCAAGAAACGAUGUGAAGACACACAGAUGUCCCUUCCAAAGUCGAGGGCAGACGAAUGUCUUGGUUCAUUCCUGCGCAUACUGGCCAUAUCGCAUGUAAAUAAUGUUUGGAUUCAAGGAGUUGGUAACCAAUAUUAUAGCAAUCCGCUGGUCAUCAUCUGUGUUAAAGGUUUGUACUGCGAUGUACCCGCUAUUGCUGAUGGAAAAGCCGACAAGAAGUCGGUCCGAGUUACGCAAGAUGUUAGUUAUUCCUGCAACAGCGGCCACCCGCUAGUGGGGAAGUCGACGGCAACUUGCCAAGCAGAUGGAACGCUCACUUCCGUACCUUUCUGCGAUGCCGUGGUUCCUCCAACAACUACUCCCACCACCCCACCAACGACUGCUCCAACCACCACACCAACAACUACUCCAACCACAACCCCAGCAACCACCACCCCAGCAACCACCACCCCAGCAACAACCACCCCUGCAACCACCACCCCAGCAACCACCACCCCAGCAACCACCACCCCAGCAACAACCACCCCAGCAACCACCACCCCAGCAACAACAACCCCAGCAACCACCACCCCAGCAACCACCACCCCAGCAACCACCACCCCAGCAACAACAACCCCAGCAACCACCACCCCAGCAACAACCACCCCAGCAACCACCACCCCAGCAACCACCACCCCAGCAACCACCACUCCAGCAACCACCACCCCAGCAACCACCACCCCAGCAACCACCGCCCCAGCAACAACCACCCCAGCAACAACAACCCCAGCAACCACCACCCCAGCAACCACCACCCCAGCAACCACCACCCCAGCAACCACCGCCCCAGCAACAACCACCCCAGCAACAACCACCCCAGCAACAACCACCCCAGCAACAACCGAAGCUCCAAGCACUCAAACCACCCCAGCAACAACUACUCCAGCCACCACACCGCAAACGAUUCCAAACAGUACUCCAGCCGCCACAUCGAACGACACCCAAACUCCCAACCCAAGCGAUUCAACAAUGCAGCGCCGGAUUGAGCCAUCCAUCACGCAAGCAACUUCUCCACCCACUACAUCCCAGGAGAAUGGAACCGACCGGGGAUCUGACCACACGGCAGGUUCCAUUGACAGGAGAUACAACGACAGCUUGCCGACGACUGGUCUGCCUAACAGCACGACAAGAGCCAGCUUCCUUCUGUUCAACAAAGGCGACCCGACCGGUGCCAGCCCCAGCAAAGGACACAGCAAUUACCUGUGGCUGAUAGCGGUGUUUGUCGGCUGUCUUCUGUUUGCACUCGCCAUUGCCAUUAUUCUGGUGUUCCGCCGCAACCGUUCCGUACUGUUUCCUCAGCCGCUGCGUAACGUCAAGCCACCGCAAACCCUGCGCAGUCAGACGGUGACCGAUGACUCGUCGCUCCUAUACAGCGGACGAGAAAGCCACCGGGGUUCGUUCAUCGAGGGGAACCUCAGCAAUCCCAACAGUGGCGAAGUCGGUGCCUGGAUUCAGUCAUUAGCUCAGGACAACAAGGCAUACGCGGUGGCAUACAAGAAGAAUCGCAUGCACAGCAUCGACUCGUCGCAUCCGUUCUAUGAGGCCGGGGACUGCGGCGGUGUCUGCUUCUUCCCGUCCUCGGCUGCUCGCUCUGGCAGCUCGUCCACCCUGAACACUCUGCAGACAGGAGACGAUGUGUACGCAGUGGCGGCGAACACCGACCCAGCCAUAGGUUAUCUGAAUCCACUACGUCUGUCCACGGUGGCGGGCAGCACCAGCACAGACAAAUCCGCCAGCACCAGCAGCAGUAGCGACAACACCGGUGGUGACGCUGGGAACUGCGACGCUAUCUACUCCACCACCACCGCCAGCGAGGCAUUCCCCAGGAAGCACAGCAGCUGCAGCAGCAGCAGGCGGGCAAGAACUGCCACUGCCAAUGCCAACGUGUACGGAACUGUACGCACGGAUGUGAACACGAACACGCACCAAGAGCGCGUGUUCGCUCUAGGUGGUGCGGCCAGCGCGAUGCUCGACUUUGACCUAGUCACCAACAAUGAGCACUUUGCAGAUCGCGGCGGUCGCACGACAAACGGCGCAAACGGCCGAGAAGGUAAAUAUUCCCACUACGCUCAGGGUGCAUCCGCUCAUCCGAACCUGCUCCAAUCCACCGCCUAUGCCAACAGCCCUCAAGCCGCCGGACAUGCCAGCGGGUCAUCGUCGGAGGAAGCUGCGCGCCAGUCUGAAGACUUAAUGGAAGACGAUCAGGACUUGCAGCAAGACGAGUAUGCCAGCAGGAUGGCUUGGCAGAAUCUUGGAGUGGACUGCGUGGACAAGGACAAUAACGGGCCCGCGACAUUCGCAGGCCAAAACGACGUCAAUGCACGGUGCAAUCGCAGUCUGACUGCCGACGAAGACUCUCUUACCGCCAUCAAUGCAGUGUCGGGUGGCAGUCAACGCACCUCCACUCUGAGUGGCCUGGCAAAGAAGCUGUGGCCGCGCCAAUCGUCCCGUUCACCCAGCCCCGGCCGGAAGGCAAACGAGCAGAACAACGAUACGAUUGACAGCGCGGUGGACGGAAGUGCCUGGGACCUAGGGGAUGACGACACGGCAGCGACUAGGGAGGCCAGGGCGAGAGCCGAAACCAGCACUGAUGACGGCGUACAAGGGCUGUGCGCGAUUCUGGGCUCGUCACACACCAAUGUUGCCGACCAGCACAGCAAACUGAGAGUGUGGACUGCAUCGCCUGACGAUGAACACUAUCGAGCCAUUCCGAGGGGCAACGUUGGCUGGCAAGAUUCCAACGAGUCUGGCGGCCAGGACAGUACACCAUCCAAUCCCAAUAAUCUCACUGGUUUGGCUCUAGGAGAAAGCGUGCUCACGCAAGACAUGGCCAGUGGACAGGGACUCCACGACUCUGUUUCGUUCGACCCUUCGCCGUUCGCCUCGCCCAAGGCUGGAGACCGGCUUCUGUCAGAGUCCGAAGAUAGCUCCUACCUCACACUGGACAGCGCUAGCAAGAAGACGAGUAACUACUCUCAUCUCCCAAACAAGGGAAGCACGUCAGCUGCGGCGACGGUUGCUAGUGCCAGCUCACAUGCCACACACCAGGCUGAUAUGGUGAGCGGGUAUUCUAAACUGCCGGCAGCACAACGCCCUGCACCACGCAUUCGCAAGCCAGCAGGUCAAUCUGCUGCCGUGGUGUCAAGCCCGAGCACACGCAGGGAGUGUCUCGUGGAUGUGAACCAACCUCUGUCUUCCUCUGAGUAUUGCAAGCCAUGUGGUAAACCCAACAGCCAGGAUAUGCCACAAUCUUCAACGCAGGUACUCAAUCAGGAGCUUGCCAAUGCAGACGGACACACGUCAAUGCAGCAGAGUGCGAACACAUAUGCUGGAACCGCUGAUUCCAUGGCUAAGGAACCUCACCAGUCAGACAUCAGCGCUGUGGACAUGGUCAGCGGCUUUGACGAUGAGGAUUUGUAUAUGGAUGGUGAAUUGACCCUGGGUGACGGUGGAACACGCAGAGCAGUGAGCAGAUCCAGCAGAGAAUGCAACAAGACAGCGAGAGCACAGCAGAGCACAAGCACCUACGUCGGAUCUGCUGACGGAAUGCCUAAACGUGGACCCCAGUCAGAAAUCAGCGUAGUGGAUAUAGUCAGUAGCUUUGCUAAUGAGGAUGAAGAUCUAUACAUGGACAGCGAAUUGACUUUGAACGAUAGCGGAAUACGCCAAACAGUGAGAAAAUCCAGCAGAGAAUGCAACAAGACAGCGAGAGCACAGCAGCAACCAGCCACGUCAAACACUCACCUGCAGUCUGGCCAUACCCCAAACACUGAGCAAUCGAUUGGCGAGAACGCCGAGGAAUCCGAUUACAACUACGUCGGCUUCGAGCAGCUGUCUGGAGGGUGGCACAAUGCAUCAACGGCUGCUCUUCGUAAGAAUAGCAAAUCGGAAGUGAACCGUGGCCGAACCCAGACCGUCACCAAGUCUUCUUCCGCAAACCUGCUACAAGGAUCAACCAUUGGUGAUUCUACACGGCAUGUCGCAUCGUAUAAGCUCUCUUCUCAGCCGACACAUGUGGAAGGCUGCAGCAGCACCGACCAAUGCGUUGAAGACGAUGAGGGGAUAUACAGCGUGGCAGAUACGCACCUGCCGUCCCAAGCUCUAUCGACCAGAGGCAAAGAAGCUCGGAGAGCGUCGAAUCAGGAAAACCAGCAGCUUUCAGCCUCGCAGGCAGCACCGACCAUGGCUGGGAGUGAUGCCUCCAAUGCUGAUGAUUACAUCUAUGUCGGAUUCGGUAGCAUUGCCGCACCGGCUGAGAAACUCUCCAGGGCUGCGCUUUGCCAAACGAGUGAGGUGGAGUCGCAGCGCCGCCGUGCAGAGUCCCGAGUCAAGAACUAACUUCAAGUCGGAAUACUAAUGGUGCCACUCUCUCCCUCUCUCUGUCUCUCUCUUUCUCUCUCUCUCUCUCUCUCUCUCUCUCUGUCUCUCUCUCUGUCUCUCUCUCUGUCUCUCUCUCUCUCUUUCUCUCUCUCUCUCUCUCUCUGUCUCUCUCUCUCUCUCUCUCUCUCUCCGAACCCCUUGCUGGAUUCUAAUUACUAUUCCGGUCGAAAAUCAAAAUAAUUAUUCAUCUUCUCUAAGUCUAGAUCUAAACUAAUUUCGCGAUCCACCUUCCCAUGCUACGGCGCAAGUCCAAACAAUCAAAUCACCAAGUCAUAAGAUACUUCCUUUUGUCCGUUGAAUGUUUUCUUCCCUUAUCUAAACGGCCGUAGUUUGAAUAAUUUCCACCUGGUAUUGUCUUUUAAAUUUAUAGUCUACAUAUCUACAUAUUACUGCGGACUCUAGAGGCUUCAGUAAUAGACUGGUACCGAUUCCAAAUCCCAAUGUCUUAAUAAUCCCCAUAAUAUCAUUCGGCUCACCAAGUUACAAGCUUUGACCGCCGAUCUCAACGUCCUUAUCACUUGUAAAAUACCUGUCGCUGCAAAAGUUUUUUUUUUUGGUUUUUAGCUUUUGAUUUUUUCACUUUCUUUUUGCUGUCUCACCCAUGGAAAUAUCUUCCCUGUGGGUCUGA